GAAAUAAUUGUAUGGUGUAGAUAUGGUGGAGAUAUACUCUGUUUGUAGGAAGUGGAAACAAAAUGAAAAGCUUCAGUGGGUUUUCUUAGUAGACACAGAGAAAGGCGGAUCCCUUUGUGAGGUAGAUGAGAAUAUUUCAUACAAGGGAUUAGUUGAGAGUGUUAUUGAAGAUUUCGGACUUGAGUGUUUAGUCAAAGAUAUUUCCCUUAGCUAUGAACUUCCCCCAAAGCUGAUGUUAGAAGAUUCUCUACCAAUACAUAUUCGGAAUGAUCGCCAAGUUUGCACUUUCAUCAAGAAGAAACAAGGAGAUCCUGAAAUAAUUCGUUUGUGUGUAACGGAACUUCAUCGAUCAACUGGAAGUGACAUCUCAGUUUUUGUGCCACCAAGUGAUACAUGUUCAAUGGCUGAAAAAGGACAGGGCAAUGAUUCAUUAUUUUUGCCUCCUGCUCGAGAUUCUGCUGUGAUUCCUAUAGGAAGUUCACAUUCAACGGCUGCACAAGAAAAUCAGAAGGAACCUCAUCCUUUAGUUGGAACUUCUUCUAUCUCUGCUGCACAUGAAAGCCAGAAGGAUCCUCAUCCUUCAGUUGGAACUUCUUUUAUCUCUGUGUCAUAUAGUGAUACAUGUUCAACGGCUGAAAAAGGAAGAGGCAAUAAGUCAUUGGAUUUGCUUCCUGCUCCAGAUCGUAGUCUGAUUCCUAUAGGCGGUGUGCAUUCAACACGAGGUGCUAAUGGCAUAUAUGUUAAUAAAUAUUUCAUGAACAAGGCUGAGUUAAUGCAGAAGAUGAGGACAUGGGCGUUGGAGUAUAAGUUUGAGUUUAGGUCUCGAUGGUCUAACAAAGGUAGAGUGGUUUUGGUAUGUGUAGAUGAUAAAUGUACUUGGAGGAUGCGUGCAGUGAGGGUAGUCUCUUCUGAUUUCUUUGUGGUGAAGAAGUAUUGCCAUGAGCACACAUGUGACACUACACCCAGAAAUGCAAAUCAUAGGCAAGCUACUGCAAAGUUGCUAGGGACUUUUUACAGCAGCCACUAUGGAGAAAAGAAAGAAGGAUUAAGACCCAAACAGCUGAUGGAGCUAGUCAGGAGAGAUCAUGGAGUACACUUACCGUAGAAAAAAGCUUGGAGGACAAA